UGGAAACGACGUGUGAUUUUAGGGUUGGACAGCAGCAGCCUUUAUAAGCAGCUGAACUUCUGAAUCAGGCAUCAUUAGGUUUUUAUUCACCCUUAUCAAAGCCGGACUGAUGCAGGUCUUCAGCUAUGAUUGAGCAUCCAAGCCAUGAAGGAUGAGCCCGAAAACAAAGAAAAAAACUCGAGCUUCCUUCGGGGCAACAGCACCGCCCUUCAUUGACUACCUGAAAGAUGUUCUACGUCGAUAUCCAGAUGGUGGACAGAUUUUGAAGGAGCUGAUUCAAAAUGCAGAUGAUGCUCAAGCCACAGAAGUGGUUUUCAUCCAUGAUGAGAGAAGCUAUGGGACUGAGAGCCUUUGGACCGAUGAACUGGGAAAAUACCAAGGUCCUGCUCUCUAUGCCUACAACAAUGCAGCAUUCACUGAUGAUGACUGGAAAGGAAUUCAGACUUCAGGGAGGAGUGUCAAGCGCAAUGACCCAAACAAAGUUGGGAGGUUUGGGAUUGGCUUCAACUCUGUUUACCACAUAACAGGUAAAACUAUGCCUAGUUACCACACAUAUAUUCCUAAAAGUCUCAGUACAAUUCUUAGUGUUUAG